AUGCGUCCUUCAAUAUCUCCCGUUCUCGCCUCCCUGGCAAACGUCUUCCGCAUCCCCCUUUCACAAACGACGCUCCGCCCAACAAUCCCCCUUCUGAACCAGCAGACCGCGACACAGCCCAGCAGCCCGCAAGCACAAGCUCGAGCUCCAUUCUCGACAACAACUCCGCUGCUCAAGCGAAAGUCGCCCUACAUCGAUCGGAGAGUCACCCUAAUUCGAUACUUCCUCUACCACCCGCUCACUCCGCGUCCCCUCCGCUUCAGUCGUACCCGUUUCCUGCGCCACUGGACCAUCCACCGCGCCUGGCAGCUGUACCAGGCUAACCGCCGGCGCAACCACCAGCUCGAGCUGCAGCGCCAGUGGCAGGCCAUGAACGCUGCCUGUGAGGAGCUGAGGACGGGUGCUGGCGAUGGAGGAAAGCUGUUCCGCAAGAGCAUGAUCAAGACAAGAAUCUUCAAGGAUAUGUUCCCCAUCGAGUAUGGACGGAUGCAGACGGAGGGGCCUGGAGAGGGGUGGAACCAUGAGUGGAAGAGGGUUGAUAAGCCGGUGAAGCGGUGA